AAGUGUUUGCCGCACAGAUCAGAAAACACAACAAGUUUCGCAUUUUUUUAAACCAAAAAACAGCUGCUUUUAAUUUGUUUUAGCUUAACAAUCGAAUAAUUAAAGCAUACCGCAGCUCAAACGUUGUGUUGCACUUAUCUCAAUCAUACUAAGUUAUCGAAAAUGAAUAGUUUUUAAUCGUUUAUUGGCAUCGAUUUGACGCCCAGUGUAACAUGAAGAUUUUCCAACCGAGCUGGGUACAUCACGAUGAGAAAUCCAUUUUCUCGAUCGAUAUACACCCCAGCGGUGAAAGAUUUGCCACCGGAGGUCAAGGAUGCGAUUCCGGACGCGUAGUCAUCUGGAACAUGGCUCCAGUGUUGAAUGAACAGGCAGAGACGAACAAAAGUAUACCGCGCAUACUGUGCCAGAUGGAUAACCAUUUGGCCUGUGUAAACUGCGUUCGGUGGUCCGGAAACGGUCUUAUGCUAGCAUCCGGUGGCGAUGAUAAGCUAGUCAUGAUAUGGAAAAAGACGAUCAGUGGCAGCGGUGGCAUCGGUGCAUUUGGCGGUGGUGGUAAGUCCGUUGAGCAUUGGCGUUGCAUUUCCACGCUCCGUGGGCACGCGGGAGACGUACUUGACCUGGCCUGGUCUCCUCAAGAUCGAUGGAUGGCAAGCUGCAGUGUUGACAACACCAUUAUCAUUUGGGAUGCGCAACAAUUUCCAAAAAUUGUUCACGUACUCAAGGGCCACACUGGUUUGGUGAAGGGCGUCACGUGGGAUCCAGUAGGGAAGUUUAUCGCUUCCCAGAGCGAUGAUCGAUCGCUCAAGGUAUGGAAAACCACCGAUUGGAGCUGUUUCAAAACGAUUACCGAGCCGUUCGAAGAGUGUGGCGGAACGACGCAUAUUCUUCGCCUGUCGUGGUCACCGGACGGCCAGUAUCUAGUGUCCGCUCACGCUAUGAACGGCGGUGGACCGACAGCUCAGAUCAUCGAGAGAGAUGGUUGGAAGUGCGACAAGGACUUUGUCGGUCAUCGGAAAGCGGUCACGUGCGUGCGGUUCCAUAAUUCUAUUCUCAAAAGAUCCGCGCCAAAAACCAACAAGCUGCAACAGUACUGUUGUCUAGCCGUAGGGGCACGCGACAGAAGUUUGUCCAUCUGGCUGACGGCUUUACAAAGACCGCUGGUGGUCAUACAUGACUUGUUUCAGGAUUCAAUACUCGAUCUUUCGUGGAGUUGCGACGGGUACACUCUGCUUGCGUGCAGUGGCGACGGGCACAUUGCCUGUCUGCAGUUCACGGCCCAGGAGCUGGGCACGCCGCUCUCCGAGGAAGACAAAAACAUACUGUACCAGCGUAUGUAUGGCAAAAAUGCCAACAUCGAUCUAACAGCACAGGCCGAAAAGGAAAUGAUCGUGGAAAAUUCAGACUUUCUGAACGUGUUGAAAAGUAAUCCUGUUCCGCCAACCUUAAUACCGCAGCAGCAGCAGCACCCGCAACACGGAGCGACAAAGGAUGAAAUCAAAUCAUCACAAGCUGUCGCUCAAAUGCCCAUGGUCAUUCAGUCUUCUAGUCUAACGACCCCGACACCCAUUCUCAAGCAAAUCGAAACGAAAACGGCGGACGGCAAGCGUAGAAUCACGCCAAUGUUUAUACCCUUGAACGACGAUAAUGGCAUCGCAUCAAAUGCCACCACCAACAUGCCCACGUCCAUCGAAUUCGGCAGCAAAUCGAGCGAAUCUAUGGCACCUGUUGAGACGAAACAACUCGCAAGCGAAGAGCCAAAUAUACCUCUCACUGCCGAACCCACGUCCAAGUUGGACAAUCGACUGAAAAGAAUUGCCAAGGUACCACCGCAGAAAGCUGAACCGUUGGCGUCAACCGAACAGACCACUGGGUCAAGUUCGAAUCAGCCUGCAUCGAACCAGAAGCUAGUUGAACGAACAAGACCUCCGACAUACUCUACGGGCAAGGCGACCGUUAUUCAAGGUAACUCCUUCAAAGCCUUUGGCGAAGUGAGAGUACAGGUACAGAAUAAUAGCGUUAAAACGGCGUACGGAACGUUGGGCCGUGUGGUUGGCCUUGUCGUUAACGCACAACGUGUGGAGAAAAAGAUCUGGGAAACGGUCGUUGGAUCGCCGGUAGUUUGCUUUGCGGUUGGAGCGAAAUGUGCGGUCGUUUGCAGCCAAGAUCAUACCAUACGAAUGGUAGACAUUAAAACGGGAACUCUCGUGUUCCCGGUACUCAGUCUAACAAGCCCGGCCGUACAGAGCGUUUUUAGUUCCAACUCAAAGCUGGCCGCGGUAGUCACCGAAAGUGGCAUACUUCGCAUUUGGAAUGUGGUCGAAAAAUCCGUUCUACUUUCGAUAAAUUGUGCCGAAGUCAUGAGUGGAAGUUUUGUCACCAUACUUCAUGUGUCCGAUCAGGGGAUGCCGUUCAUAGUGCUUUCGAAUGGAUCAUCAUAUUCGUACUGUCGAAAGCUGGACAGCUGGAUGCUAAUCAAUUCGUCCGACCCAGUCGUACGUCAUGGUUUGAUUGGUAACAAAGCCAACGCGCCUGUGAGAAACAUUAAAGCGUACCCACUCUCAACGAUACAAUCGUAUGGCAAUUUUUCUGGACCGAAAACGAACAGCUUCGCAGAAAUACACUCCGCUUCAUGGCAAACAUCUGCGGCGAUAGCGUUUAUCGAAAAUCAAAUAAAAAUCUGCGAAAUGAUUACGUCUCCAGCCGAGCUCAAGUACUGGUACUCGAUGCUGGGCUUCCAAUUAGCACUGAACGGGAGCGAGGAAAAGAUUCGUCAAGUGUUGGACGAUCUGCUGGGAGCAACGCACAGCUUAGACACGCGGAUGGGCGAUGAUAAUGAUCCGUCCGUGUUGGGCAUCUCGAAGCAUGUGUUCAUGGAGGACGUUUUGAACCACCUGAAAAUGCAAACCAAAUGGCAGCGAAUCUACACGGAAUAUCUGGACCAGCUGAAAUUCCUCAAGGAGCGCGACGGCCGAGACAAACCACUGAUGGAGUAGAGAGCAAUAAAACCGGCUACCGAAGCUUGUCUCGCCAAGCAUGUAUGUAUUACAUA